AUCCAGUACCAGAGACAUCAAGUUUAGCCACAGCGCUCGUCCCCCAGGCGAUCCGUUUGACGCACACAAAUCACGGGAAAUCAUGCUACCAUUGGUGCCAUGAAUCCGCUUCUCGAGCGGGUUAACGAUCUCUUUUGUCCCAUCAUCAUUCAUCUCAAACUCCAUGUUAUCGUCAAUCUCCCAAUGAAGCAAUGCAUCACUCACGCUGGAUAAAAUGAGAAAAGAAACAAUAGAAUGGAUGGAUUUUGCCAAUUGGCAAUCCUUCAACACACUCUUUUCUCCACUGUUAGCCGCCAUCGCACAGUAACUAAUUGGGGUGCUUACUAUGUGGUACUCGCCCCGCUAUCAUUACUUGCCGCCAGCUCCGACUGGCUGAGCGUACCAAUGCCUUAGUCUUCGAACCCAUCUUUUCGUCACAGAGGCAUCACCGUUUAUAUUGGCUGAUUUCUGUGGACGUUGCUAAUAACUGUUUCGCUACUCUGGCCACCAUGUUUCUCAAUUUUCUUGACGAGUACGUCCGCUAUCAGGACCCUUCAUUACCUCAAUUCUCGGCGUUGGCUUAUCUUUAUCUUGCCUGCCUACUUUCUGCCUUUGUAAUCGCAGCAGACAGCUUCGCCCCAGCCCAGAAAAACAAGAAUAAAUCAGUCACAUUUGUCAAUAUGCCUGAAUUCAGCUCUAUCGCUAUGAUAGGAUGCGGAAGCAUGGGAGGGGGUAUGGCUUUACUCUUUGCAGAAAAUGGGGUUCACGUAUCAUUAUCGGACCCGGCAGAAGACGCCAUGGAUUCCAUCAUCAGCAAGGCCGAGAAAGCUGGGUACAGUGGAAAAGUGGAAAAGUUCAAAGGUUAUAAGGAAUUGUGUAAUUCGCUUUCUCAACCUCGCCUUCUAGUAUUUUCUCUUCCCCACGGUAGCGUAGGCGACAAGGUGCUGGAAGGUCUUGUUCCCUUUUUGUCCCGCGACGACAUUAUCCUGGACUGCGGGAACGAGCAUUUUGCGAACACCGAGCGUCGACAGGAGAAAUGUAAGGAACCUGGCAUCCGCUAUAUUGGCUGCGGCGUGAGCGGCGGCUAUCAAGCUGCCCGCGCUGGUCCCUCCAUGUGCCCAGGAGGGGAUCAGUCUGCACUCAAACAAAUUCUACCUUUACUGCAAAAGGUCGCGGCAAAAGACAAAAAUGGAAAAGCGUGUGUAGAUGUCGUUGGAGAAGGGGGGUGCGGGCAUUACGUCAAGAUGGUGCACAACGGUAUCGAACACGGAAUGAUGAGUGCCAUAUGCGAGGCGUGGGGCAUUUUGCGCAAGAUGGGCCUAGAAUAUCAAGAAAUAGGUGAUAUUUUCGCAAAGUGGAAUGAAGUAGGAGAGCUGAAAGGAACAUUUUUGAUAUCUAUUGGCGCCGAUCUUUCCUCCAAGCGAGAUAUUAAUACGGUCUCAGGCGAGCACCCAUAUGUUAUAUCCGAGGUUCUCGACAAAGUUGUUCAAGAUAUCACGGGAGAAGAAGGUACAGGCGUAUGGUCUAAUACGCAAGCGAUCGAGCUCCAUAUCCCUGCUUUCACUUUGAAUAUGUCGCACUCUCUGCGCCUUGCAUCCGCCUAUCGCGGCGAUCGAGAGCAAGCAAACAAGGUAUUCAAUGGCGGCUUCGCUCCGCAGUCCUUAUCAUCUAUCGACGACAGAGAGGCCUUCAUCGAACAUCUACGAAAAGCUACAUAUGCGGCAUGUGUAGCAAGCUAUAUUCAAGGUCUAAAUGUCAUUGCCGCAGCUGACGAAAAGUAUGGGUGGAACAUCAACUACUCAUCUGUCUGGCAGAUCUGGCGUGCGGGCUGUAUCAUCCAGGCUGACUACAUCUCCGAUGAGAUCCUUGCGCCUAUCCUGAAAUCCACGAACGCAAAUCCCUCGACCAUGAACCUCAAUCACAACCCACGUCUUGCCAAAGACAUCUUGAAUAGUUACCCUUCGUUGCGGACCGUUGUCGCAAAGGCAGUCGAAACCGACCAGGUGGCACCGGCAUUGAGCUCUACGCUUGAGUACUUCAAGGUAGUCACAGGGACGGAUCUUCCGACUUCUUUCUACGAAGCAGAGCUUGAUUAUUUCGGAAGUCACAUGUUCGACAAAAAGGGAGACGAUGAUGAGCAGGUGAAGAAACCUAUGGAAGGCAAACAUCAUUUUGAAUGGAAGCCUGCGGUAAGUCAGAGGGAGGCGUAUGGCAGUUCCACCAAACACUAG